GCAAACCCUACAAAAAAAGAGCCAAUGUCUAAAAUUAGAUUAUUAAAUAAAAGAAUUGAACAUUUGGAAGAAGAGAUUGAAACUCUUAAUAACCCUGAUUCAGGAUCUGAUCAAGAAGAAUCUGGAUCCCAACUUCCAAAAAGAAAAACCAUGCCCUUCUCCCAGUUUUUAACAAACGAAGAAUCAUUGAAGCAACUAAGAGAGACAGCACAUGAAGCCGAGAAGAUGCAAAAGCAAGAGGCACAGAGAAAAAAAGGAGGAAACAGAAUGUUUGAAGGCAGAAAAGCAAC